GUUAGAACGUGAGAUAGCGCGACGGUGAGACUGUAAAUUUUUUCAGUUCUAAUCUAAUUUGUCAUGUAGAGAACGCUCUAGGAAAAUUCAAACGUGAGAUAUCAGCUGUACGAGAAAUGCAGGAGUCUCACGGUUCAUUCGUAGAUAGAUUAGAAAUGCUACUAAACUGCAUCUACCUCCGUUUCGAUAUAUAAUUUCCAUCUUCAAAAUCACAACUAAUUGAGUCUAAAACCUCAUGCUCAUGGACAAAGGUCGACAAUGCAUGUGAACAAAGGUUGACAAUGCAUCCGAACACUUUCUAUGUCAAGGGUACUGCAGACUUCAGAGAAGAGAUCGAUGUGGGACAUAACUAUUUUUGGCCGGGUCUUAAACUCGAGAGAAUCGAUGGUUGACUUGUUGACUUCGUUUCAUUGACAGACUUUACUGUAAUCAUGUACCCGUGGUAUUUUGUCAGAAAGGCCACAGAGGAAAGCAGCGUGCAACUAGAUCUGCAUACAGGAAAUAAAUACUACACCCUUUCGAAUUAUAAGAUGUUUUAGCUUUGUACUUAGUCAAACUUUUAAAAUUUUGACCAAGGUUAUACAAAAAUGUAUUAGUACCUACAAUAUCAAAUAAGUAUAAUAUGGAGAUAUAUUUCAGGACAGAUUUAAUAGAACUAAUUUAGAGUUGUAGAUGUUUGUAGGUUUCUCUAUAAGAUUGGUCAAACUUUAUUUUUUGGUUCAGGACAGAGCUAGACAAUCUUAUAAUCUGGAUCAGAGUGAGUACUGCACUAGAUUCUCCAUGUUCCUUAGUUUGAAAGGGAGUGGGCAGUUGGGAACAUAUAUAUAUAUAUAUUGCAUCCACAGCUGCACACUUGCAACUUCUUGGAAAGAUCAAUUUUAUCAACUUGUACUCGCAUCUUCUUUCUUCCUGUUAAUCGAGGAUAAGUGGACCAUUUCACACUCUGAGCUAGUUACCUUAGCUGUCAGCCCUACGUUGUUAAUUAAGACAAGAAAUCCCAUGCCGUACCGGAUCGCCCCUUGAUAAGUACAGUAGUGGUUCAUGAAGACCUAGCUUAGCAGUACGGUUCAUGCACCUGUACCCAUUUCUUUCUUCUCUAGGAUUAGAGGAAGAGGCGUCCAUAAUGACGGCAGUAACCUGCAGCUACAUUCUUAGUCUUUUCUCCUUUACAUUCCUACUACUGUCUCCCAGAGCUUUCGCCGUUGGCGUUACAGAUACGUUCAGGAAGGGCCAGAAUGUCACUGAUGGCGAGACACUCAUCUCGGCUGGCGGCACAUUUACACUGGGAUUCUUCUCUCCCGGUGCAUCGACCAAGAGGUACCUCGGGAUAUGGUUCUCAGUGUCCGCUGAGGCCGUUUGCUGGGUGGCCAACCGUGACCGCCCUCUCAACAACACUGCUGGCGUGCUGCUGGUGGCCAGCGACACAGGGGACCUCCUCCUGCUCGAUGGCCCCGGCCAGGUUGCGUGGUCGUCCAACUCCCCCAACACCUCUUCAGCGGUGGUGCAGCUGCAGGAGUCCGGCAACCUUGUCGUGCACGACCACGGAAGCAAGACCAUCCUGUGGCAGUCGUUCGACCACCCGUCGAACACCUUGCUGCCUGGCAUGAAGAUGGGCAAGAACCUGUGGACCGGAGACGAGUGGUACCUCUCGUCGUGGCGCUCGCCGGAUGACCCUUCUCCGGGGGACUUCCGCCGUGUGCUGGACUACAGUACAACUCGGCUGCCGGAGCUCAUCCUAUGGCAGCGGGAUGCCAAGGCGUACCGCACAGGCCCAUGGAAUGGCCGGUGGUUCAAUGGUGUCCCGGAGGCCUUGACUUAUGCACAUGAGUUCCCGCUGCAAGUGACGGCCAGCGCCUCGGAGGUCACGUAUGGGUACACCGCCAAGCGUGGCGCGCCACUGACCCGUGUCGUGGUGACGGACGCCGGCAUGGUCAGGCGGUUUGUCUGGGACGCGAGCAGCCUGGCAUGGAAGAUCUUCUUCCAGGGCCCAAGGGACGGGUGCGACACCUACGGGAGGUGCGGGCCGUUUGGUCUGUGCGAUGCUAGUGCAGCAUCGUCGGCGUUCUGCAGUUGCCUCAAGCGGUUCAGCCCCGCGUCACCGCCAACAUGGAACAUGAGGGAGACCUCGGGUGGGUGCCGGCGGAACGUGGUGCUGAACUGCCAUGGCGACGGGACUGCGACGGACGGGUUCGUCCUGGUGCGUGGCGUGAAGCUGCCGGACACGCACAACGCAUCGGUUGACACGAGCAUCUCGACGGAGGAGUGCAGGGAUAGGUGUUUGGCCAACUGCUCAUGCCUGGCCUACGCGUCCGCCGAGAUCCAAGAAGGCGGCGGUGAAAGUGGCAGCAUCAUGUGGACAGAUGGCAUCAUUGAUCUUCGCUACGUCGACCGGGGGCAGGAUCUGUACCUGAGGCUGGCUGAAUCUGAAUUAGCUGCAGAGAGGAGCUCCAAGUUCGCUAUUGUGACUGUUCUUGUGCCAGUAGCUUCUGCUGUUGCUAUAGUACUUGCACUGUUCUUUGUCAUAUGGUGGAGAAGGAAGCACAGAAUCUCACGUAAACGACUAAACGAUGGUAUUCCUCAGAGUUCAUUUUUGGCAGUUCCCUUGGUUGAUCUGCACACUCUGAAGGAGGUUACACUGAAUUUCUCUGAGAGCCAUGUAAUUGGUCAAGGAGGAUUUGGCAUAGUGUAUAAGGGCCAAUUACCUGAUGGUAGAACGAUUGCCGUGAAGAGGCUUAGGCAGUCCGCUCUCACAAGGAAAGGCAAAAGUGAUUUCACAAGAGAAGUGGAGGUGAUGGCCAGGCUCCGGCAUGGCAACCUUGUGCGCCUGCUUGCUUACUGCGACGAAACAGACGAGCGGAUACUCGUCUACUUCUACAUGCCGAACAAGAGCCUGGAUCUCUACAUAUUCGGCGAACCCAGCCUCCGUGGCACGCUGAGCUGGAGGCAGAGGCUGGAUAUCAUCCAUGGCAUCGCACAAGGUGUGGCGUACAUGCAUGAGGGAUCCGGUGAGAGCGUCGUCCACAGAGAUCUGAAGCCUUCCAACGUGCUGUUAGAUGACAAUUGGCAGGCCAAGGUUGCAGACUUUGGCACCGCGAAGCUGUUCGUCCCAGAUCUGCUGGAGUCUAGCCUCACCAUUGUCAAUUCACCUGGAUACGCAUCGCCGGAGUCAUUGCGAGCGGAAAUGACGCUGAAGUGCGACGUCUAUAGUUUCGGAGUCGUUCUGCUGGAAACCCUUAGCGGACAGAGGAACGGCGAGACGCAAAGACUCCUUUCACACGCAUGGGGACUGUGGGAGCAGGACAAGACAGUGGCUCUUCUUGAUUCAACUGUGAGUCUCCCUUGUCUCUCUGGGCCUGAUUCUGAGAUGGGCUCUGAGCUCGUGAGGUGCAUUCACAUUGGGCUUCUCUGCAUUCAAGAAUCACCCGACGACAGGCCGGCCAUGUCUGAAGUCGUCGCAAUGCUAACCACCAAGACCUCACAGAUUGGUCGGCCAAAUAGGCCCGGAGUGUAUAACAGAACAAGGCAUGUAGCACGUGAGGCAGAUUUCACUAGGUCCACUACGGUUGAUCUCCAGUAACUAGCGCCAAAGCCGCGAUGAAUUUGGCAUCACAAGAUAGCGAAAUGCCUACUGUCGAGGGUUAUCCUCCUUUUCAAAAAAUAAAUAAAAAAUAAAUAGCAAAAUGCCCAAGUGAA